AUGGACAAAGGUUUGAGCUUGAAGAUAGAAUUGAUUCAUAUCGAAGCUAACACCACAAUAGAGAUGAAACAGUUUGUGCUCCCUGAAGAGCCAACGUUUGCCUACUGCACUCCCACCGUGCCGGAAACUUGUAUGAAAGCCGUCAAGGAUCUGGACAAGUAUUUAGAGACGGAAGAGCCCUACGAUGGUGUCAUUGGAUUCAGCUUGGGUGCAACCUUCAUAUUGUCAUGGAUGGUGAAGAAAAUCCAAGAAAAAAAGCAGGGUCAGUCCGCAGAGCUACCCUUCAAAGUCGGCAUCUUUUUCUCCAACGCAGGUCGGCUCUUGGAAUACAAUGAUACAAUCGAGCAAUCCGUGACCCCCUUGGAUCUUGCUGAGAUUGAUGGAAUCAUCGACAUACCAACGGCCCACAUUUGGGGUACUAGAGACCCCGACCAGCUGAAUGCUCAACUGGCGAGCCAGGCCUGCGAUGAAGAUACUAGAUCCGUUUUCGUUCACGAAAGAGGACAUGAAGUCCCGAUGUCUCCCGAGAAUGUGAUAUCGGCAGCCAAAGUCAUAAACAGGGCGAUUACAAGGGCCCAGGGCUUUGUUUGA